AAGAUAAGAGCUUAUGUAGCUUGUUUGUGCUACAUUCAAUACUGAAUAUAAUUUGAUCAAAGUGACAUUAAAAUAAUAGUGCUCAUUAAAAAUGGAAGUGGAUCCGCCUAAGGAACUUUUAAAGCCAUUAGAGAUCCCGCAAAAAAUAUUAAUGGGACCUGGACCAAGUAAUUGUUCGCAAAGAGUUUUACGAUCAUUAGAACAUCAGGUGAUAGGUCAUCUUCAUCCGGAAAUGUUUAAGUUAAUGGACGACAUCAAGUCGGGAAUUCAAUACGCAUUUCAAACAAAAAACGAAUUAACUUUGGCACUGAGUACAGCGGCUCAUGGUGGUAUGGAGGCAUGCUUGGGAAAUUUAAUCGAGCCAGGAGAAACAGUGUUGAUUGCUAAAUGUGGAAUUUGGGGUGAACGUGCCGCCAAUAUGGCGAAUCGUCUUGGUGCAGACAUUAAAUUCCUGACGACCGAAUACGGAAUUGGUUUCGAUCUCGACACUUUAGAAUUAUUUUUGAAAAGAUUCAAACCCGCCGUAGUUUUUGUCGUACACGCUGAAUCUUCAACUGGUAUGAAACAACCAUUGGAAGGUGUAGGAAAUCUCGUUCAUCGGUACAAUUCGUUGUUAAUCGUCGAUUCUGUGGCGUCAUUAGGUGGUGAACCAUUAUUUGUAGACGCUUGGAAGAUCGAUGCUGUUUAUGCCUGCAGUCAAAAAGUUCUCGGUGCUCCGGCAGGUCUAACGCCAAUAUCGUUUAGUCCAUUAGCAGUUGAAAAGAUUUUCAAUAGGCGUACAAAAGUUUCAACAUAUUAUUGGGACAUGAAGAUAUUAGGCGAUUAUUGGAAUUGUUUUGGCAAUCCAAGGAUUUAUCAUCACACGAUUAGUGCAACACUUAUUUAUGGAUUACGCGAAGCUUUGGCCGAAUUAACGGAGGAAGGUUUAAGUACUCGUUGGUCCAGGCACACAUCGGUGGCUGUUAAAUUGCGAGAGGAACUUUUGAAACGUCGAUUUCGACUUUACGUCAAAAAUCCGAAAUAUCAAUUAUCUACGAUCGUAUCUAUCGAGAUACCAGAUGGUAUCGAUGUUAAAAGUUUAUCUGCCAGAGCUAUGGAAAGAUAUGGCGUUGAGAUCAGCGGUGGACUUGGUCCAACUGUCGGCAAAAUUUUACGAAUUGGUUUAAUGGGAAACAAUUCUACUUACCGUCACGUUGAUCUUCUACUUGAUGCUUUGGACGAUGCACUCAAAUUCUCUACAAAAUCGAAAAUGUAAUUUUAUCUGUUUAUAUGAGUAUAUGUGUUUACGGGAGCUUCGCCAUGACCGAUUUCGAAAAUAUUUUUGUUACGUCAAAGUUUGUCAAUUAAAAAAAAAAAAAAAAAAAAAAAAAAAAAAAAGAAAAAGGAGAAGACUGCACGAAAAUAAAUCUUAUCGCGCAAACCAAAUGAACGAGCUGGAGUAAAUUUAUUUUAUUAAUGAAAAUACUGCAAUCGGCAUACAUUUUCUUUCGCUAUUUUAAGCUUCAUUGUAUUAAUUAGCAGUGUCAACAGUUAGGUACGUUAUUUCACUUUCGGCGUAACAAGAAAGAUAAUAAUCUGAAUGUAUGUGAUACAUUGAUAAUGAAAUUACAAUUAGGAGUUAGAGAUAAUGGCAAUAAGUCUAAAUAAGGUAAUGAUGAUAAAUCGAUAAUUAAUUAAUUAAUUAAUUAAUUAUCGAUUGUUUUUGGCACAAUACAAUAUCCAUUCUUUUAACAAAAGUACGAUCAAAAGGAAUUUUUACGUCCUACUGAAUAACGAUUAUUAAAUAAUAUCUCAAAGAUUUUCGAUUCGUAGAAUAAUCAAUGAUUUUAGAAAUUGAUCCUAAUCAUUAUAAGAUCUGAUCGAUUUGAUUGUCUAAAAAGUAUUGCCAUUUGAUUUAACUCAAAAGAUUUUGUAAAACUAAAGUCUAUAAGAAAAAAAAAAAAAAAAAAAAAAAAAUAAAAGAAAAGAAAAAAAGAAAAGAAAAGAAAAGAAAAUUAGAUAAAGAUCGAUAACAUGCAUACGUAAGUGGUGAUGACUUUAAAUAAUAAUGACAUUAAUAAUAAUAACUAUAAUUACAAAUGAUAACUUGUUACAUCAAAUCCCGUAUAUCGCGGGUUCGAUGAGGAUAUAUUAUAAACUAUCGAGCUGUAUAAAUAAUAUUAUUAAUAAUAAUAAUAAUAAUAAUAAUAAUAAUAAUAAUAAUAAUAAUAAUAAUAAUAAUAAUAAUUAAUAAUAAUAAUUGAUCGUUCAUUAGCAUACCGAUAGAUGCAUAAUUUCGUUACACAUUAUAUACGUUCAUUUAUUUCCUUCUUUUUUUUUUCUUCUACUCCAUCUUCUUCUUCUUCUCUUUCUUCUUCUUCUUCUUCUUCUUCUUCUUCUUCUUCUUCUUCUUCUUCUUCUUCUUCUUCUUCUUCUUCUUCGUCUACGUUUUAUGUACAAAAUUGUCAACAAUCAACAGACUGUCCGUGAUAAUCAUAAGUAAAAUCCUAUAUCCUAAUACUAUUAGUUAAUGGUAUCGGACUAAUGCAUGCACGUAAUUAAUUAAUUAAUUAAUUAAAAGGCACGAACGGUAAAUAGCGGAUCAACGCUUUCCGUAGAAAAUAUGUAUAUAUGUUAAGUUUGUAUGUUUAUGUAUGUGUGCGUGUGCAUGUUAAAGAAAGAAAUUAAAGAAAAGAAAGAAAUAUUUUCCAUCAUUAACAAAAUAUUCCAAGGAGCAAAAUUAUUACGACGUUCGAAGAAGAAAGAAAGAAAGAAAGAAAGAAAGGAUCAAAAAUCAAAAAUAAAAAACCAAAAGAAAAGAAAAGGAAACACCAUAGAAGAAAUUUGUGCUCCCCGAUUUGAUUUAUGGACGACGGGAAGGAAUCGUUGCCUUUUUUCUUUUUUUUUUUCUUCUUUUUUUUCGAAAAAGCAACCAGGCCUGCCAGCUGCCGCGACAACGUAGUACGAGCCUCCAUUUUUUUUCUCGUUUCUUUUCUCCUCUAUUUUUUUUCUCUCUUUUUUUCGCCCUCUCUUCGUCGUUCAUUCGUUUCGUUGUUACUCCUUCCGUCUGCUUUUACUUACAUACUUACUUAAUUACUUACUAAUUUAUUUACUUACUUACGUCAAUUAACAUUUUACGUUUAGACACAACUUUUACAGAUUCGUCAUUCAUCAUUGGAAAAGAUCUGACGAUUCAAACGCACGCUUACCAAAAAAAAAAAAAA